AGCGCAGCGACGACGUGGCGUGUACGAGGUGUCAUUCAAUCAAGGAUCAAUGAGCCUACAUCCUGGCAACUGGAGGAUUUUCUGGAAAACAAUCUCCUGUAGGCGGCUGCGCAGGACCCUGCUGCUCAUCACAUUAUUUCAGCUGUUGUUCUGCACUCACCUUCAGUGCGUGCUCCACUAUGGACCGCAAAAAGGCUGACUGGCACAGGACAAAAAGAGAGAGAAAAGCCCGCAUGUUGCAGAAUGACAGAUGACAGGGAUACUAUGCUGCGCAUCCUUGAGGAGCCUCGGAUGCUCGGAGAACUGGAGAGACUUCGGACCUUCCACAACUGGCCCGCAGAUGCACCCGUGGCUUCUGGAGACCUGGCUAAGGCAGGCUUCUUCUUCCUAGGGUCUGGGGACAAAGUCCAGUGUUUCUGCUGCGGAGGGGUUUUAAGAUACUGGGAGCCAGGUGACAGCCCAGACGUGGAGCACAAGCGUCAUUUUCCUACUUGCAGCUUCAUCCUGGGUCGAGCUGUGGGGAAUAUUCCACUGGCCGCCGGCUCCUCGGACUCUGUGGACGGCCAGCUGUUGAGUCAACUCCAGAGGAUGACUAUGGAUGAUCAGGUAACAGCUGGACAAGCAGCGUACCCGGAGAUGGAGGCAGAGGACUCUCGACUCGCCACUUUCCACAACUGGCCCUCCGAAGCCUUGGUGCAGCCAGAUGUUCUGGCCCAAGCAGGGUUUUUCUACACAGGUCAUGGUGAUAACGUCAAAUGCUUCUUCUGUGAUGGAGGGCUGAGGAACUGGGAGCCAGGGGACGACCCCUGGCAGGAGCAUGCCAAGUGGUUUCCAAGAUGUGAGUUUCUGAUCCAGUCACGAGGUCAGGAGUACAUCAGCAACAUCCAGGACGCUCAUUCCCACCUGGGCGACACUGUGGCAGGUUCGCAGACGUCCAUAGGCAGAGACAAUGGUGCCAGAAACGAUCUGGUCGGAGGUCUGGGAGCUUCAUCAGCCAUGCUCUCUCCCAUUGUGCAAACUGUGCUACAGAUGGGGUUUGAAGCCAGCGUGGUGGAGAGUCUGGUGCAGACUAAGUACCUGCUGACAGGCCAGCACUACACCUUAGUGUCCGAGCUGGUUUCUGAUGUUUUGCAAGCAGAGGAGGAAGAGAGGCAGACGGGGCCAAACAGCACAGAGCCAGAGACGAGCGUUGGAUCCAGUGAAGGAAAUGUGAGGACCGAGACACCCAUCCCAAAGAGAGCAAAGGAUCAAAGUCCUGAAGAGCUGCUCAGGCAGCUGCAGGAAGAGAGGACCUGCAAAGUCUGCAUGGACAAGCUGGUGUCCAUCGUCUUCAUCCCCUGCGGUCACCUGGUGGUUUGCGGGGACUGUGCUGCCAGCCUGCGUCACUGCCCCAUCUGCAGAGCUGUCAUCAGAGGCAGCGUUCGUGCUUUUAUGUCUUAAGGCCGUCAAAAAAAAAAAAAAAAAACUGCCCCUGCACUGGUGUUGCACAGUUUCCUCUCGAAUUUCCACUGCCUGCGAUUUUCAGGGAAUUUCUGAUAAUAAGGAGUGCUGCUUUUGUAAUGGUAAACAAUAAAGUUGUUCGGUUUUAACU